CAAAUCAUCGUCACAAAAAUCGAGCACGAUGUCGUCGUUGCGGUAUACCGCCGUCUCGUAGUUGUCCCAGCAUCGUUAACACCGCAGACGGUCUUGUGAUAAAUUUCCAGCACAUAGCGAAAUAAAUUGCAUCGUGGAUCAUCAGACAUACGUAUACGGAAGGACUGACAUCCCACAAAAAAACCUACACCUCAAAGUCCAUGGAGUCUCGGAGCAGAAAAUUGAGCAAAAUGGGGACUAUGAAAAAUUCUGAAACAGAGAUGGAAGUGUAUGAGAGGAGUAACCGGCGCUUAUCGGCCAGAUGAUAAAUAGCAAAUACUGAAGACGGAAAAUACACUUCAACCGUGAUGGAGGCUCACGUCGAUCAAGCCGCAAACGCAACUGUGGAAAAUCCAGUCUUCUUCGAUGUACCAAUCAUCUUGAGAGCUAUCGUGCUCUGUCUCCUCAUACUCAUCACCAUUGUAGGAAAUUUGUUCGUAAUAGCGGCUAUUCUAUUAGAGCGAAACUUACAAUCUGUAGCAAAUUACUUAAUUGUCAGUUUGGCUGUGGCGGAUCUUAUGGUUGCCUGCCUUGUUAUGCCUCUGGGAGCUGUUUAUGAGAUAAACUCGGGGUGGUCACUCGGUCCGGAGCUCUGCGACAUGUGGACCAGCAGCGACGUUCUGUGCUGCACAGCCUCAAUAUUGCAUCUGGUGGCUAUCGCGGUCGACAGAUAUUGGGCAGUCACCGAUAUCAAUUAUAUACAGGCGAGGAAUCCGAGAAGAAUCGGCAUCCUGAUCAUCACCGUGUGGGUGGUAUCCUUAGGAAUCUCAUUAGCGCCUCAGCUCGGAUGGAAGGAUCCUGAUUAUUUGGUCCGCAUAGCCCAAGGGACGUGUCUCGUGUCGCAGGAUCCUGCAUAUCAGAUUUUCGCAACUUGCGCAACGUUUUAUGUUCCGCUGCUAGUUAUUUUAUUCCUGUAUUGGAGGAUAUUCCAAGCGGCACGAAAGAGGAUUAGGAAGAGGCCUGGCACUAUUCUUCAACCGCCGCGUGAACGAAGGGGCAUCCUCAGGCUCGUCACGAGAAGGCCGCGUGAGGAAUCAACGGCGUUCACCAUCACAAGAACCACACCAGACCAUUCGUCCAUCUCUCCAGAGAAAUCGUCGUCAUACAACGGCGCGAAUGCCACACCAUCGACAACGGUAACACCGACGGCGGUCUCGACGACGACAACAACCACCACCACGACGACGUUGACAAAUCUGACCAGCACGAGCCAGCAACCGGUGGUCAAGUGCACGAAGCGCACACGCGAGACGAUCGAGUCGAAGCGCGAGCGUAAAGCAGCGAAGACCCUGGCGAUCAUCACCGGUGCCUUCGUCGCCUGCUGGCUACCGUUCUUCUUCGCCGCACUGCUGCAAGCCACAUGUCAGACUUGCAAACCACCCGAGGUCGUGUCCAGUGUGUUCCUAUGGCUUGGAUAUUUCAAUAGCACCCUCAACCCCGUAAUUUACACUGUGUUCUCGCCGGAAUUUCGGCAGGCAUUCAAAAGGAUGCUGUGCGGUGGUACGCGGGGACUUCGCUGACAGUGGAUUUAAUUCCUUUGCUCC